UGUUUACGGAAAACGGAGCGCUCGCAGCGACGAUUUCUCCGCUCGCUAAGAAAAUAUUAACUGAUAGCGGGCUAAGAGUUCGAUAGCUUAUCAGUGACUCCUUCGCGCGUUCUACAACUUGUGGAGCAUAAUAGAAUUGGCGGUGAUAACGGCGGAAAGUCGAUAGUUUGCUUUCUCCAGAGUCAGAAAAGUUCUCGCGACCAGUUCAAAGGAAUUAUUGAAUUUUGCAGUUAUCGCGGGGGCGAAGUUUGUGCAAAGAUUCAUCGGGUCGUGUGGCAAGCAGAGGUCGAAAAAAGAAAACAGCUGGAAAGUGAACGCGAUGUCUAUGGAGGAACCAGUACCUGUGAACCCCGCGGAUUUGAAGGAUCUUAAGGAGCGAAUGCGACUGAUCGCAGAAGCGGACCCGAAACAAUAUCACAACGAGUACUCGCUGAAACGAUAUCUGCGAGCCUUCAAGACAGUCGAUGCUGCUUUCCAGGCCAUUCUCAAGACGAACAAAUGGCGUGAAGAAUAUGGUGCAGCGAACCUAGCCGGCACCCCGGCUGUCCAAAACAACUCGAAUAAGGCACGUGUCCUGCGAAACAGAGACUGCUUCGGGCGUCCCGUCAUCUACAUUCCAGCUAAAAAUCACAAUGCUUCCGAGCGCGACAUCGACGAACUGACAAAGUUCAUAGUAUAUUGCCUGGAGGAGGGAUGUGGCAAGUGUUUCGAAGAGGUCAUCGAUAAUCUCUGCAUCAUCUUCGACCUGGCCGAGUUCAGCACGUCCUGCAUGGACUACCAGCUGGUGAAGAACAUCAUCUGGCUCCUGAGCAAGCAUUACCCGGAGCGGCUAGGCGUGUGCUUAAUCAUCAAUGCACCUGUUGUGUUCUCGACAAUCUGGCCAGUGAUUCGCACCUGGCUGGACGACAAUACAGCCAAGAAGGUUGUCUUUGUGGAUAACGAGAUUGAGCUCUGCAAAUACAUAAUACCCGACAUCCUACCGAACGAUAUGUAAACCAAACCAAACCAAACAUAUGAAACCCUUAGCCGAUAAGAUAACUUGGUAUACGUAUCAGAAAACUGUCGUCGAUUUCUGUUACCGUUCGUUUUGUUUCCGAUUCUGAGGAAGAUUAAUUUUUGUUGUGUUUGGAGAAGAUAAUCAAUGUUUACAAAUAUCGGCUCGACUUGAAGCGGCCGAGAUAGGUGUAGUGGAAUGCGGAAUGCAAUACGAUGCUUUUUACUUGUGUUCUAUCAUCAGAAGUUAUCCGAGUAAGAAUUCAAUGCGAGUAGUAGUGUGGCGGGGAGAAAUGUAUGUGUUGAUGUCUAAUAUGUAGUGAACAUGACAUGUAAAUGUGUAUUGUAAAAAUAUGUAAUUUAUAUUUGAGAAGAAAUCUUCAGGUCGUUGUAGUGAAGAAGUGUAAAUACAGAAAGAUUAGUCUGUAAA